AUCCUCUAUUCGAAACUCUGAUUGUGAUCUUAUUCUGGUUUCGAUUCUUCUUCCAUGGCGCUUCAUGGGUCUAUAUCUUUAUGCAAAGUUUCAAACACAGUAGAGAUCACUUCUCUGUUUGGUGGUUCCUCAAAGCUACUUCACUUGCCUAAGUCUUAUCCCAUACACUGCAACAUUGCUUCAGGCAACAAUACAUUCGGGUUUACUCCUCUCAAGCUGCACAAUAAAGGGUCUCGUCUAAGCCCAUGUCGAGUCAAACGAGAAGACAGUAACCAAACAGCGAAUAUUGAAAGCAUACCAGUAGAUGAGAACAUGUUGAAGCAAGAUCUCAAGGCUGCGAUACAUGAAGAAAACUACAUGGAGGCAGCUAAGAUCCGGGACAUACUAAAAGAGCUUCAAGAAGACAACAAAGCCUCUGUUUUGUCUGCCAACACUCGGUUCUACCAAGCUUUCAGAAACGGUGAUUUAGCUGAGAUGGAAUCUUUAUGGUCCAGAUCAGGAAACCCCUGUUGUGUCCAUCCAGAAGCUAAGGGCAUAACAGGGUAUGAUGCUGUGAUGGAGAGCUGGGAAGUUGUGUGGAUGGACUACGAGUUUCCUUUGCUGAUUGAGCUGAAAGAUGUUGAGGUUUAUGUCCGAGGUGAAGUAGGUUAUGUGACGUGUAUGGAGUUUGUGAAGACUAAAGGGAGUAGUAGCUGGGGAGCUCAGUUUGUGUCUAAUGUGUUUGAAAAGAUCGAUGGACAAUGGUUUAUGUGCAUUCACCAUGCUUCUCCUGUUGAUAUUUGAUUCAAGAACCAGACAAAAUGGUACCUUUGAUGUUGUUGUGUCUGUAAUUUGUUUGAGUUCUAUCUUGUUUUUUUUUGUAGGUGCAACAAUUUUUUUUAUCUAAUCAAAGACAGCAAAUUAGGCAUGC